ACGAGAGAACGAGAGAACGAGAGCCACGUGGUACGAGCGCGUGCUGUGUGCCAGUGCGGCGCGCUCCUCCGGCGUGGUCAUUUACUCGUUAAAUUCAGUUCAUUUCCGUCGCGCUGUAACAUGGCCGAAAGCGAACCGGUUGCUGCGAAGGCAGCAAAAAGCCUCUUGGCUCUGGAUCCGAGCGCCGAGACCACGUUUCGGAUGAAAGUGCAGGAAGCGAAGAAAGGCAAGAGGAGGAAGAGGGAAUCUCUGACCCCAGGAGUGAUUUAUGUCGGACACCUUCCCAGAGGCAUCUUUGAGCCCCAGCUGAAGGGCUACUUCGAACAGUUUGGCGAGGUCCUGCGGCUCCGGUUGUCCAGGAGUAAAAAGACAGGAGGGAGCAAAGGUUAUGCUUUUAUAGAGUUUCAGUGUGAAGAAGUGGCCAAGAUCGUUGCAGAAACCAUGAACAACUAUCUGAUGGGUGAAAAACUGCUAAAAUGUCAUGUGAUCCCGCCAGAAAAGGUCCACGCCGCACUGUUUGUCGGCUCCGAAAGAGAAUUUCGGAAACCGUCGUUCCCAGCUGUGAAGCGCUAUAACAACGAGCGCUCGCCGAAGGCCGUGAAGCGCAUGACCUCCAAACUCCUGCGCAAAGAAUCCAGUCUGCGCAAGAGGCUUGCAGCAAAGGGCAUCGACUACGAUUUCCCAGGAUUUGCUGCCCAAGUUCAGAAGAAAAUGAAACGGUCUGAAGAUGGUGAUGAAUCUGUUUGCAGUCAGGAUGACACGCCAGUGUGCACACCAUCCAUCCUUGAAAAAAGGAAGAGCGUAAGAAUGGGUGACAGUGAAGAUGAUGACGAUGACGAUAAUGAAAUUAUCAUCAAAGCUGUGGCGAUGCCAAAGUCUAAAGGCAAAAAAAAGACCACUGAAGAAGUUGUACAACAGAUGAGUGGUGAUGAUGGUGGUAAAGAUGCUGAUGAUAGCACUGAUCACGGUAGUGAAAGCAAUAGUCAUGAAAUCGGCAAAACCUCACCUGUGCCAGCAUCAAAAGUAAAAUCCAGAAAGAAGAGUAAAUCGAGACGAAUGUGAAUUGGACUGAUAUCUAUGGAGAAAGUUUAUUCUUUUACCACAUUUCUUUUAAUACUUUCAUAAAUACCCCAAUCUUCAAGUAAAUUAUGCUUGUGAGAAGGUUUUGUAAAUGUAAAAUUUUUGAGUUCCAAGUUAUUGUGUAAAUGAUGUUAUAUUUGAAACAAUUUGUGUGUGUGCUUCCGUCAUAAGGGGUUAUCUAUAGGAGAAUUAGUGUUUCUGUACAUCAGUUUGAAUUUCGACUCUGUCUCUCGCUGUCGUUCUGUUGUCCUAUCGUGUUACGCACAUUUAUCGUCAACCUUUAGUUAUAACUUAAUUUCCCAAGCCCUUGGUAAAAUCUGUACCCCUUCUGGAGCUCUCAGAGCGAUGAGUGUUUGAGGAAAUCUGUUUGACACAAUUUGCCAAAAAUUCACACACAGGCUGCAUCCAAAAGUCACUUUGUUCAAACUACUACCUUAAAAAGUGUUUUUAUAAAUUUAUUUCCCCGAAUCUCUUUUUACUUUUGAAGCUCCGUGGACAGUACCCCAGCAUGUUUUAGUUGUCUUUUAAUAUCAGAGGUUGAUGUAAUGCACAAAUUGUGCUGCUUACUCUGUUCAAGGGGUGAAUGUGUUCAUCUUUUCAGUCCUACACAUUUAGAGAUAAACAUUUACAGUUAAAGAGAAUGUUCAAGAUUUUAAAAAUCUUUUCAAACUCUGACUUUGUCCUGGUUCAAUGUUUAACUUUUUCUGUUGAAAACAGUUUUAACAGGUGUAACGUGAAAUUGCUACAACAUGUAUUGUAGCGGUUAAUGCUGCUGCCUUUAGACCCAAAAGGUUGCAGGUUUGAUUCCCACCUUUAGAUGUAGCACCC